AUGGCAUAUCUCAGCAUGCUUCGUUUUCAGCUCUUGAUCGUUACGCUUCUUGCAAGUGCGCUUUGCGUGCAGGCUCGUCGAGGUGGAGGAGGCGACAGCGACUAUGACGGUGGAUCAAGCAGCGGCGGAGGAAGCAGUGGCGGCGACAGUAGUGACAGUGGUCUUAGCCCCGAGGAAAGAGCACGCGAUGAGGCAUGUCGGAACGAAGUUGGUCAUACCAGUCCAGUCUGGCUGCAUCGAUGGGUUGGCACAUACUACAAUGGAACAAUAGAACUUUCAAUCGAGCUCGAUCGUUGUAAUGGCACUUGCAAGGAGUCAGAAAGUACGGUCAACUGGGAGCUGACUGGCGUACUGUCUAUACUGGAUCCUAUGCAUUCCGCUGCAGGGAAUCGCAGACCUGUCGUGCCGCGCCCAAAAAACCCCUUCAUUGGCGUUCUAUACGGAUGGCCCAAGGACGCCAACCGGUCCGAACUCCUUGCACAUCGCGACGGCACAUUUCUUCCGCCGUCUAUUAACCUCGCCAUGGAAACUGUCUCAGAUUUUCAAUAUAAUGAAGUCACGUACGGGCUUAAUCCGUCCGAUACUGUGAGCCGUAACAAUCCAACCUGCAGGGUACAGGAAGUGACCAGUACGGACGACGGAUACGGAUUCGAAUGCGUAUAUGAUGGACUUGGAGUCUACAGAGCAACGGACAGCAGCCAGUUCACAGCCCCAAUGACCAACUCUAGCGGAAGGAAUCACCUGGUGGUAGAACCUGGGAACAACACUAUGCUCACCGGCAGCUUCGAUCCGAAUUCAGCUGAAUUCGAAUGGAGAGGUCCCUUUAACGCAUUUGCUGGAUCCUUCGGUCAGGAUUCUAUGAGGAAGCCUUACACAAACGAACGGAACUACAUAAGCGAAGAUAAAGCUCCUUAUAUUGGCGACUUUAUAGUUCGCUUUCAUGGCAAGGUAGAUGUUGAGCAUAGCCAUGAAAUGGUAGUUGAGAGCGGACGUGAUGUGAGCUGGGAUAAGGACGAAGAAAAGAUCCAAGACGUUACUUAUUGUUCAGCUGCCCCCGGCAGAUUCUCUUACAAGCUGUGGGAACUGUCUUUGUUUUUCUGUGUACUUUUAAUAGUUUAG